CCCAGCAGUACAGCAGAGCUGACGUUACAGGGGAUCGUUGAGGGUUGAGGAGCUGCACCUUUUCAGCCAACUCAGCUCUUGGAGUACGCACAUAGUGGAGCUGAAACUUGGAGAGAACGAGGGAGUGAGGAGGCGUGGUUUAAAAACACAUCAGGUGCUGCGAGAGAGACUUAAAAGCGAAUCGGUUGACUGCCCGAUUCCAUACAGCAUGGGCUCUCUGAGCUAGGAGGUUGAAACAGACUCGAAUGAAGAAACCGGAGGGCUGGAGGACGAUGAGGAUCUGCUCCCAUGCUCGUGCUCACAUCAUCACCGUGUUUCUGCCUGUCCAGUUGUGAUAAGCAGAUCCACUCUCUGAGGUAUGAUGUUUGGGAAGCAGGGGAAGCAGAGGAAGCAGUGGAAGUCGGUGUGUAAAGGUCUGGUUCUGGGUACUCUCCUCACCAGCUGCAUGAUUCUGCUGUACUGCUUUUCGUCUCCUGAGGUGCAGUUCAGUCUGCCAGAAAUUCCUGUGCCUUAUUCAUGUGCCCACCAGCCAUCACCUGACCAUCCUACAGCUGCCUCCAGCAGCGCCCAUCAAGGCUUGGCACAUAAGCGUCAUUGUACCCCAAAGAUGGACAUCAUGUUCAUGAAAACCCACAAAACGGCAAGCAGUACCAUCCUGAACAUGCUGUUCCGCUUUGGCGAAAAGUACCACCUGAAGUUCGCCUUCCCGAGCAGUCGCAACGAUUUCUUCUACCCCUCACUCUUCUACCGCUCACAGGUGAAGGACUAUGGGCCUGGGAUGUGCUUCAACAUCAUGUGCAAUCACAUGCGCUUCAAUGAAGCCGAAGUAGCAAAGGUGCUUCCAGCAGACACCACUUACAUCACCAUACUGAGGGAUCCAGCAGAACUCUUCGAGUCUUCCUUCCAUUACUUUGGCCGCAUAGUACCGUUUACCUGGAAGAUCUCCGGGGACAAUAAAAUGGAAGAGUUUCUCAAUAAUCCCGAGCUUUAUUACGACCCUGACGGGUUCAAUUCCUUCUACCUCAGGAACUUACUUUUCUUCGACUUUGGGCAGGAUAAUAAUUUACCGUUAGAUGACCCGAGAGUAGAAGAAGGCAUCCGUGCAAUUUCAAGACGCUUCCACUUGGUCAUGCUGGUGGAGUACUUUGAGGAAUCACUCAUCCUGUUGAAGGACGCCCUCUGCUGGGACAUGGAUGACCUGCUAUUCUUCAAGCUUAAUGUUCGAAAGGGGUCUACUGUCUCCAAGAUGACCCCCGAGCUCAGAGCCAAGGCCUUGCAGUGGAACGCUAUUGACUGGAAGCUCUACCAGCAGUUUAAUGCCACUUUCUGGAAGAAGGUGGAGGCGUAUGGUCGAGAACGCAUGGCGAAGGAUGUGGCAGAGCUGCGGCGCCGGAAUGCAGAAAUGGCUACCAUCUGCAUCGAAGGUGGCCAUGCAGUGGAUGCCGGGAGCAUCCAUGAGACUUCCAUGAAGCCAUGGCAACCUAUAGGGGAGAAAUCUAUUCUGGGAUACAAUCUGAAAAAGAAUAUAGACAAAGCACAUGAGAAACUAUGUAGGAAGAUGUUGACGCCAGAGUUGCAGUACCUGACCGACUUAGGAGUCAAUUUGUGGAUCACUAAACUGUGGGGUCACGUGAGGGACAUCAUUCACUGGUAGAAAUGAAGAAUAUUGGGUCCACCUCUGACCUCUACCUAUGUUUAAACGUCAUCAGAGAUGUUCAUCUCUGACCUCUGUGAAACAAACUGAAACCUCAUCCUGAAUUAGAGAGGGAAGCAGAGUGAAUACAAAUUUGAAAGUCAUAUAAGUGGUAAACGGAUUUGACUGUCAUGGUCCUGCAGACUUUAAUGUCAUUUUCAUCGGUUGGCUUUGAAGUCAUGUCACUGUGGUGCAUUAUUAACUGAUGCUUGUGUCAAUCACGGAUAAAAACAAAUCAGUGACACUUGUUAGUUGUAUCACCUCGUCUGCCUAUCUGGAGAGGUUCCUCUUUACACCUUUGCAUGCUGCCAAUGCCGUAUCAGUAAAGUCCUCUCAGUAAAGUUGACCGAAGUAUAUGGAGGCACGGGGAUACCGUGUGUUCCUGUUUUACUUGUCUUAUCAGCUAAUACGACAAAUCCUGCUGACCAAAGAGCAAAGUUGCAUUAAGUGCAUUGGAUCUUUGCCCAGAAGGAUUGAACAGUCAGCUGUUAUACAAGAGGCACAAACCAAA